AAUAGAAGGCCCAAUAGUUAAGGCCCAUACCAUUUAAGGUGUAAUUGGGCUGCAUCUUCUUCUUCAUCUUCAUCUUUUAGUCUGCACUAACGAAAAAGUUUACACAAGCAUCUUCAUAAAAAAGCAAAGAAGAAAAAAAAAACAAAAUAAUAGCAAUCUCUUGAUGGCUUAUCAGACCAAUCGAACCCUGCGAAGCCAGGGCAAUCGUGACGAAGCCAACCGUCUCAAGAACGGCAUCGACGCCGGAUUACUGUCUGGUGCACAGCCUCAAGAUAUUGACGUCGACGACGUUGAUUCAAUUUCAAACGUUUCAUGGAGUUCCGACUCGGAUGAGGCCGACGACUUUUACAGUAAGAAGAAGCGUUUGACUGGUCUCUCGGCAAGCCUACGAGUCUUAUCGGAUUCGCUCUUGAGAAUGGAGAAAGUCGAAGCUGAGCUCAACAAGACGAGGGAGGCUCUUCGGUUGCAAGCUGAGAAUCGGCGGCUCGAAUCGGAAGCCGAGUUAACUCAAAUGAUGUUAAGAACUGAAUUGCAGAUAGCUUCGUUUAUUUCACGGCCGAUUAACGUUAGUAAUAGUAGAAAAAGGAAGCGAAUUGAAGAAGAAACGUCAUCACAACAAGUUUCAGUUUCUCAAAGGGAUGGAGCUUUGCUAUUCACAUUACUCCAAUGCAGUUUGCUAUUUUAGUAUAGAAUUAUAAGAACCAUGACUCGCUUCUCAGGCUGAGAUGAUUAUUCCAUGCAAAAAUGUAAUGUCGUAUUUUCUUACUUGUUUAUGAUCGUUUUACAUGUAUUAUUGUCGUUUUUCUAUGUAUUUCAUUUCAGUAGUAGUUUUGCUGCUAUGAUUUCAUUUGCUGUCCUAAUAAAAAAACUUACAAAACUUCUAGCAAUAAA